AGUAAAUUUAGUACUGCAGCUUUAAAGAUCGCCAUUUUGCAAGCGUCUAGGGAUUGUUUGAGAAACGCUCUCGUUGAGCCAGUGUUUUUAACACGGUAGUACGGGUGUAUUUUCGUUUAAAAUCGAAAAGCCGGUAUGGGUGAUUAUCAAGUAGCACAAGUUCAACAAGAUGGUCUUGGGGCCGUACAACUGGAGUUAGGAGGAAACCCAAAUGCUCUAGCAUUACGCCGGCCGUUUGACCCUUUGGCCCACGACUUGGAGGCAAGUUUCAGAUUGACGCGUUUUGCUGAUUUAAAGGGUCGAGGAUGUAAGGUGCCCCAAGAAGUUCUCAAUAAACUUGUAGAAGGACUCCAACAGGAUUACAAUUCGGCGGAACAUGAACAUGCUCAUUUUAUGCAUAUGGCAAUUCCUCGGAUUGGAAUCGGCCUUGAUUGUUCGGUUACUCCUCUGCGUCAUGGUGGACUCUGCCUUGUACAAACGACAGAUUUUUUCUAUCCAUUAGUUGACGAUCCGUAUAUGAUGGGAAAAAUUGCUUGUGCUAAUGUCUUGAGUGAUCUUUAUGCUAUGGGAGUCACAGAAUGUGAUAAUAUGUUGAUGUUACUAGGAGUCAGCACAAAGAUGACAGAAAAAGAAAGAGAUGUCGUAAUUCCAUUGAUAAUGAGAGGUUUUAAAGAUUCUGCUUUGGAAGCUGGUACAACUGUAACUGGUGGUCAAACAGUAGUCAAUCCUUGGUGUACAAUUGGUGGAGUUGCUACAACAGUUUGUCAACCGAAUGAAUACAUUGUUCCUGAUAAUGCAGUUGUAGGAGACGUUCUGGUAUUGACGAAACCUUUAGGAACACAGGUGGCAGUUAAUGCACAUCAAUGGCUUGAUCAACCUGAACGUUGGAAUAGAAUAAAGUUGGUUGUAAGUGAAGAGGAUGUAAGAAAAGCUUAUCACCGUGCAAUGGAUUCAAUGGCUCGUCUAAAUCGUAUUGCCAGUAGAUUGAUGCAUAAAUACAACGCCCACGGAGCUACUGAUAUUACAGGAUUCGGUUUACUCGGACAUGCUCAAACAUUGGCAUCUCAUCAAAAGAACGAAGUUUCGUUUGUUAUUCAUAAUUUACCUGUUAUAGCGAAAAUGGCAGCAGUAGCUAAAGCUUGUGGCAAUAUGUUCCAAUUGUUGCAAGGACAUUCGGCCGAAACGUCGGGAGGACUAUUGAUUUGUUUGCCCCGUGAACAAGCUGCCGCAUAUUGCAAAGACAUCGAAAAACAAGAAGGCUAUCAAGCGUGGAUAAUCGGAAUUGUCGAAAAAGGCAACAGAACGGCUCGCAUUAUCGAUAAACCUCGAGUUAUUGAAGUACCAGCUAAAGAAUAAUAACGUUAAAUUACACACAUUAUUCACUAAUAAUAUCAAGUAUUUUUCAACUUUUAGCAGUAUAAUGAUUCCCCAACAGCUUAGUAGAUCUAUUAAAAUAUUUCGUGCAUUUUAUUUUCAUUAAUAGGACCACAGCCCCGUGUUCGGGUCAGAAAUAUGAUUUAUUUGAUUUUUUAACGCGCGCUCCUUGAAUAAGGCGCGCCAAUUUCUCAUUUAAUUUUAAGGAUUUUAAAGUUUGUGAAAAAGUUUUUCGGUUCCAUUCGACAUUUAAACUUAUUUUUUAGUAAAACAUAGAAAGAAUGUUCGAUGGUAUUUUGUAUAAUAAUUUUCCAAUAUAAUUACUUAAUGAGUA